CUCACUUUGUUACUAAUAUGACCAUCAACGCCAGCCACACAAUGUCUCCUCCUCCUCCUCCUUCUCUUCUCUCUUAAUAAAUCUUCAUCAACAGAGACAUUCACGAGCAGCAGCUUCUCUCUAAUGGCUGCAUUUCAUCAUCUUUAUACAAUAUCACUUGUGUUAUUAUCUUUGUUCACCAUUAAAGCAAUUUCAUACACAGUUCUUGAUCAUCAAAACACAUACAUAGUUCAGAUUCAGCAUGAUGAGAAACCAUCCGUUUUUCCUACUUUUAAACACUGGUAUGAAUCUACACUCAACUCUGUCUCUUUAUCAGUAGAAUUAUCUGAAAACAAUAGUAACGAAAAACCCGGGUUCAAAUCUCAGAAUAAUAUACGCGGCGAAAGUAGAAUUAUUCAUGCAUAUGAGAAAGUAUUCCAUGGAUUUUCAGUAAAGUUGACACCAUUAGAAGCAACAAAACUCGAAAAACUUCCGGGUGUAAUUGCGGUAAUACCCGAACAAGUACGUCAAAUUCAAACAACCAGAUCGCCACAGUUCCUUGGAUUAAAAACUAAAGACAGCUCCGGGUUGUUGAAAGAAUCUGAUUUCGGUUCUGAUUUAGUUAUCGGUGUGUUAGACACCGGAAUUUGGCCGGAACGGAAAAGUUUUCAUGAUCGAGAUUUGGGUCCGGUUCCGUUGAGAUGGAAAGGUGAAUGUGUAAGUACAAAAGAUUUCGGUCCACAUACUUGUAACCGGAAAUUGAUCGGAGCCAGGUAUUUCAGUGCGGGAUACGAAUCGACGAACGGGAAAAUGAAUGAGAGUUCGGAGUUGCGGUCGCCGCGGGAUACCGACGGUCACGGUACUCAUACGGCUUCGAUUGCGGCGGGGCGGUAUGUUUUUCCAGCAUCAACUCUUGGGUAUGCUCGUGGUGUAGCUGCAGGAAUGGCGCCUAAGGCUCGCCUAGCUGUUUAUAAAGUGUGCUGGGCUGCUGGUUGCUAUGAUGCGGAUAUCUUAGCGGCGUUUGAUGCUGCGGUGUCAGAUGGCGUCGAUGUUGUUUCUUUGAGUGUUGGCGGAGUUGUGGUUCCGUAUUAUCUCGAUUCGAUUGCAAUUGGUGCUUUUGGUGCUUCUGAUCACGGUGUUUUUGUUUCGGCUUCGGCGGGGAAUAGCGGUCCAGGAGGACUGAGUGUAACAAAUGUUGCUCCUUGGGUUACGACUGUCGGUGCAGGUACAAUUGAUAGAGAUUUUCCAGCUCAUGUGAAGCUUGGUAAUGGGAAGGUAGUUCCGGGGAUGAGCAUUUACGGUGGACGCGGAUUGUCUCCGGGGAAACAAUAUGAGCUAGUUUAUGCUGGCAGCGGUGAAGGUAGUGGUGGUGACGGAUAUUCAUCCUCAUUGUGUUUAGAAGGCUCGUUAGAUCCUAAAUUCGCCAAAGGGAAAAUCGUUUUGUGCGAUAGAGGCAUGAUUUCGCGGGAGACGAAAGGCGAAGUUGUGAAGAAAUCCGGCGGAGUUGGAAUGAUUAUAGCGAAUGGUGUUUUUGAUGGGGAAGGUUUGGUUGCAGAUUGCCAUGUUUUGCCAGCAACUUCAGUUGGAGCUUCAGGUGGCGAGGAGAUCCGCAGGUAUAUGGCGUCUUGCUCCAAGACCCGGACAAAGCCUACAGCUAGAAUACUAUUCAAGGGUACUCGAUUAAGAGUUAGGCCGGCUCCGGUUGUUGCAUCGUUUUCUGCUCGCGGUCCUAAUCCUGAAUCACCUGACAUUUUGAAGCCUGAUGUUAUUGCACCUGGUUUGAACAUCCUUGCGGCUUGGCCUGACCGUGUCGGUCCGUCCGGGCUUCCUACCGAUAAACGGAGAACCGAGUUCAAUAUACUUUCAGGCACUUCCAUGGCAUGUCCGCAUGUGUCUGGUUUGGCUGCUUUGUUGAAAGCGGCACAUCCGGAAUGGAGUCCUGCUGCAAUCCGGUCUGCUUUGAUGACUACUGCGUACACAGCUGAUAACCGUGGCGAAACAAUGCUUGACGAAUCUACGGGCAAUACAUCAACAGUUAUGGAUUUUGGUGCAGGUCAUGUUCAUCCACAAAAGGCUAUGGAUCCUGGUUUGGUCUACGACAUUUCAUCCUACGAUUACGUCGAUUUCCUCUGCAACUCGAAUUACACCGGGCGGAAUAUCAUGACGAUAACCCGGAAAAAAGCGGAUUGCAAAGGCGCAAGAAAAGCCGGUCACAGUGGCAACUUGAAUUACCCGUCCAUGAACGCUGUGUUUCAACAAUACGGCAAGAAGAAAAUGUCGACACACUUCAUCCGUUCCGUGACGAACGUUGGCGACGCGAAAUCGGUUUAUCGGGUCACAAUCAAACCUCCGAGAGGAAUCAGAGUGACAGUGAAGCCAAUGAUUCUUGUUUUCAGAAGGAUGGGCCAGAAACUGAAUUUUGUUGUCAGGGUUGAAGCAAGGCAAGUGAACUUGACUGCAGGGAGUUCGCUUGUGAGAAGCGGUUCGAUACAUUGGAAAGACGGUAAACAUGUCGUAACCAGUCCCAUUGUGGUUACAAUGCAAGAACCACUUUGAGAUUUUGUCUUUUAAGUUUUUUUUUUGGUAAUAUCAGAGUAAUGAAGCAAUAGCCAAUAGCUAUAGAUAUUAUUAUGUAUAAGAAGACGGAUGCCGCCGCUCAGGUAGAGAGCGUUUAGGUUGCGUAUCGAUGCGCGAAGUUUGCGCUCAUCAACGCCGUAGAGAAGAAUGUAAUUUGAGGUUUUUUCUAUUUCAGAAGAAUCUGAUCAGUUACGUGAAGUUUGUGUAUAGUAGUAGUAGAGGAAGAUGAUGAGAAAGAAUGUUGCAAGAGAAAAAUGUGGAAUCAUGCAUUGUUUGUUGGACUA